ACAUAAGGCGUGUACGGCACGGGAAAAUCUGGAAGGUCGAUUUCACUCCCAACUUUCCGCAAAGACCAGCUAAACCCCCCCCCUAACGAGUUAUACAACCCAUAAACUCCGCACGCAGGAUGGCCAAAUCCGCAAGGCGAUCAGCCAAGGGUAAAGCCCCGGUGAUUUCCUCGGUAUCUUCCUCAGGAGCCUCUACUCCAAGCUCGCAAUCGGGCCCUCUUCCUCCAUUUACCAUCGCGCCGCAUUCGCUCACUCCCUUCCUCGACCUCCUUUCCCCGGAAGGGGUGUACCUCGUGCACAUCGACACCACUACACUAGAAGUCAAAAAGCAAUCCUUCAUCGUACCCUCCAUCAUCAAUGUCUUUAUCAUCGCUCUCCUAGCCGUCCGCAUCUACAUGGGCCGCAAGGUCUACCCAGCCUUGCUGGCGACCGUGAUAGGACUCACCAGCUCCAUGAACGUAGACACAGCAGCAAUGUCCUGGGAGGAAAUUGGGAAAAUAACUCUCCGCCGUGCUGGUCCAGUCAUAUUUGACUACUUCCUCGUAACUCUAUUCCUCUCCUGGCCGAUCCGGUUCUACUAUGGACCCGUCAAAUGGCGCCGCAAGAUCGGGUUCCGCAACCACGAGAUUAUCGUCCGGUGCAGCCAGUCUCGUCUAAGCAACAGCCUCGAGCGCAAUCGCUGGAUCCGAGAGAAUGAAGAAAUGCGUGAUAAAAUCGUUGCCGCCGUGACACCAGACCGCAUCCGAAAGACCGGGUAUCUCCUCGUAGACGCGGACUGGGACUUGGACUACAACGCGAUGAUCAUGGCGCAUCAACUCGUUGAUAGCACCCGCGACGGCUCUGGCCUCCCGCUCGACGAAUUCCGCACUGCAGUCCUAGUCAAUACCGAUACAGAUGGUUGGCUGAUCUGGCACGUGGGUGACGAGAACACAGAAGAGGGACGAACACGAUCGAAGCAACGAGAUCAGAUCCUGGCCUUCAAGGAGAAACUGACCGAGAUGGGCAAGGAGGAACUUUUCUUCCGCUGGGUUGAGCUAAUCCAGUACGAAAGCACCCGUCCUGGCGGCUUCACGCCGGAGAGACAGGAGUCCGCCAUGAUCCAGGCAAAGCAGCUCUUCGAGGAGGCGGAUGUCGACUUUGCUCGUUUUUGGCAAGAGGUUGGCGGCAUGGAAGGAUUUGCGGAUCAACUGGACUAAGUAA